AUGGCGUGGGGAAAAUUCGUCGGGGGCGCGGCGUGGCGCGAGGCGCUCGGACGGCGCGUGUGUGUGCGCUAUAGCACCGAGGCCGAGGCGGCACGCCGCAAGGCGAACGAGCACCGAAACCGCAAGGCGCGCCACUUUGUCGACCACCUCAUGCUCCAGGUGCAGGCGGGACACGGUGGCGACGGAUGCGUCUCUUUUCACCGCGAAAAGUUUGUGCAGAUGGGCCCCCCCGCCGGCGGCAACGGCGGCGCAGGGGGUUCGGUGUACGUGCGUGCGGACCCUGCUGUGCACUCCCUCGCGCGUGUCCACAAGCACGUCGUGGCCAAGAAUGGGACGCACGGCGAAGGCGACUGGCUGCACGGCCGGCGCGGCGACAAUGUCACGAUCCAUGUGCCGGUCGGCACGACGGUGCGCAGUCUCGGGCGGACGUGGAACGAACGCGAGGCCGCCGGGCGCGACUACCUGCGCGACCUCUUCAAAAAGAAGCGCACGCCGAUCGACAUGUACGAGACGCCGGAGCUGCAUGCGUCGCGCUCCGCCGUCUGGCGCCAUCUGCCACGCUCAGAAGAUGAAAACUAUGCGCGCUCGCACUUUGCAGCGGCCGAGGAAAAGUUUAUGGCCGAGCUGCGUGCGCAGCGCAAGAUUGACGCGGCGCAGAAAAGCGGGCGGUCCGCGGCCGCGCUGUCGGAAUGGACCGACAAGGAGCCGUGGAUGGUCGAGGACAUUACCGCCGACGCGGGCUGGUCGAUAGACCUUGCACAGCCGACGCCGCCCGACUCGCCGGGCGUGCUGCUCGCCCGUGGCGGCCAUGGCGGCCUCGGCAACCCCCACUUUGGCUUGGAAAAAUACCGCUCGCCCAAGGUUGCGACGCGGGGCCGCCCCGGCGAGUCGCUCCUUGUCUCGCUCGAGUACAAGCAGCCGUCGGACGUAGGCCUCGUCGGCCUGCCCAACGCCGGAAAAAGUACGCUGCUUCGGUGCCUGAGCCGCGCCGAGGCGCAGGUCGGCUCGUACAGCUUCACGACGCUGCGCCCCAACCUCGGCGUGAUGCGCAUGGACGCCGGCGGCCAGCUGCUGGACGCGCCGGACGCAGGCGAGGCGCCCGAGGCGACGCGGCUCACCGUCGCCGACCUCCCGGGCCUGGUCGCGGAUGCGGCGCAGAACCGUGGCUUGGGCCACGACUUUUUGCGGCACAUUGAGCGGUGUGGCCUGCUGGUCUAUGUCGUGGAUAUCGGCCCUACGAAUUUAGUGCCCUCGCAGGACAUUCUUACGCUCAACACCGAGCUCGAGGCCUACCGCCCUGGCCUCAGCAGCCGUGUCGCGAUGGUCGUCGCAAACAAGGCCGACCUGCUCGGCAACGAGCAUAUACCCGCCGCCGAUGCGCGCGUCAAGCUCGAGCGCCUACAGUCCGACGUCGACCUGAUCUUUGCACCCCGCCGCGUGCCGGUCGUACCGGUCGCGGCGAAGCUGCGCCAAAAUCUUCCCCGCGUGGUCCAAACGCUCCACGGCCUGAUUCGCGCGCGGACGCCGGAUGUCUAA